GUCGCUCCGCCCAGCCCUGACAGCUCCAUCCACCGAGCCGGUACAGGGACACGGAUUAACGGCAGCGCAGCGGGAUCAUAACACAGUCGCUCUUUCCUUUCACUUGGUGGCGAUUUUAACAGAAGCAUAACAAGAGUAUGGUGGCUAUUUGAGAACAAAAAGACAAAGAUGGCACAGAAAGAUACGCUGCUACAUCUCUUCGCCGGGGGGUGUAGUGGUACGGUGGGAGCCAUUGUGACGUGCCCCCUGGAGGUGUUGAAGACACGGCUACAGUCCUCUGGCCUCACCCUCCGGCCCGUCUUCCAGGUUCAGCUGGGCACCCUGAGCGGGACUGGGGUUAUCCGACCAGGGACUGUUACACCUGGGCUGCUGCAAGUCCUACGUUCAAUCCUUGAAAAAGAGGGUCCAAGAUCACUUUUCCGUGGUCUGGGGCCGAACCUUGUUGGUGUGGCCCCCUCAAGAGCCAUUUACUUUGCUGCAUACUCGAAAUCUAAAGAAAUAUUCAAUGGGCUGUUCGUCCCCAAUAGUGGAGUGGUGCACAUGUCCUCUGCUGGUGUCGCAGCUUUCGUUACAAACUCUCUGAUGAACCCCAUUUGGAUGGUCAAGACCAGAAUGCAGCUGGAGAGAAAAGCCAGAGGAGAGAAAAAGAUGAAUGCACUACAGUGUGCUCGCUAUGUUUACAAAACGGAAGGGAUCCGGGGCUUCUACCGAGGCUUGACCGCAUCCUAUGCCGGCAUCUCGGAGACCAUGAUCUGCUUCCUCAUUUACGAGACACUGAAGAAAAACCUCGCCCAGAGCCAAUUCACAUCCCCCAAUAGUGAAAAGGAAAAAGGAGCAUCAGACUUCCUGAGUUUGAUGAUGGCAGCUGCUUUUUCAAAGGGCUGUGCAUCCUGCAUCGCCUACCCACACGAGGUCAUUAGGACGAGGCUGCGCGAGGAAGGCAGCAAGUACAAGUAUUUCUUCCAGACAGGGAGGUUAAUAGCGGUGGAGGAAGGCUAUGCAGCUUUUUAUAGAGGACUCAUUCCACAGCUAAUUAGACAAAUCCCCAACACAGCCAUCGUCCUCUCCACUUAUGAACUCAUUGUCCAUCUGUUAGGAGACUCCAAGUGAAAACAUGCUUGAAAGUUGGCAUUUUCCUGACACGUGAUGGAUGCCACACGAAAACCCGAAACACACUGGGCAAGAGACUUUUGAAAAUGCAGCACAUACAUAUUUUAAUGUGGUGCUACAGAGACUUUUAUGGUGGAACUGAAGCAGGUUGUACUGUUAUCCAAAGAGCUAAACAGAUUAUUUUAUUGAAAGCUUGUUGUUAGGAGUUUGUCAGAAUAAUUCAAGAAUUCAUGGUACUUAUCAAAACUCCAAAUCUGUGAAAAAGGUCAUCUUCUUAGAGGACUAGUGUUAAGUUAACUAAGUUAUUUUAUGUUUUGUUAUUUUAUGACAGUGUUUGUUUCCUUUUAUCAGUGGUAAAUGUACCAUCACACACGAUUGUGCGGGUCGACUUUAUUUAGUUAACAAAGGGAAGUUAUUCGGAUGAAGUGCAAGCAAUAGUGCUGUUCCUUGCUGUGUAAUGACCACAGACCAUUUUGAGAUUUCUGUUUCACAAAUACAAUGCUCUGAUUUUGAGGUUGGAAUUCCAGAGAAAUUUAUCAUAUUUUUCAUUAAUAUAUACUGAUAUACAGGCUUAUCUGUAUUUUUUCUUUGUGAAAAAGAUAGUCACCUUUUACAGUAUAAUGAGAACUUGGAUGCUUAUUUGACCAGUGGCUCAAUAAACUGCAUCAAGAAACAUCAGUUGGUUGUUGACCCUAAUACGGAUAAUGACGAAAUCUACCUUUGCUGUGUUGUAAGCGCAAGAGAAGAACAGGGUCAGUGUGGCUCAAUAACUGAUAAAUCAGAAUAUGUGAGUGACUAGUUGGCUGGUUCUCUUCUGAAAUCCAAAUAUUCUGAUUGAUUAGUUUAAUUAGGACUUUAUACCUGGUGAUGACAUCAAGGUUUAGCUAAAAUUACAUACAGCACAGGAGGAACUGCAGUAAAAGCUUUCUUUAAGGAAUUUCUUUUCACUUUUAGAACUGUUCCAAAUUUCUCCAGCAUAAUGCCUACAAUGUGUAGUAAAGGCUCUUCUUUGCUCACUGUUUGUUUUAUGCUAUGACUGAAAGUUACGAUGUAUUUUCUAAUCAUUUUCUUCUACACACUGUUAUUUGCUGAGGAUAUGUUACUUUUUUUCCAGUGCUGCCUUCUCAGCUCACCUAGAGUUGCUCAGAUCUGGAAACAAGUCUUCCUUUGUCGCCACAUAUCAUGCCUAUAAAAAGUAUUCACCCCC